AUCGCCCAGGGCGCGGCUAAGGCUCCCAGAUGGCCAGUGAGCGCCAUAGGGUCUCGGCUUCCAGCCUGUGCUCACCUCGGUGGCUCUCAGACGGGUGGGAGGGAAGCAGAGUCGUCGGAACGAGCGGCUCCGAGCCCCUCGGAGAGCCGUCGCAGCCUCCGCAGUCCUCAAGACUUCGUCGUUUGCUCCAGGCUUGCGAUUCCAGGGCCGCCAGGGACCGCGGAGCUGGGGGGUCGUUCGAGCUGCGAGGAUCCGGGCUGCCCGCGAGGCGAGGGGCGGGCGCCCAGGAUGGGAUGCAUGAAGUCCAAGUUCCUUCGAGAUGGAAGCAAGGUCUCGAAAACAGAACCGAGUGGCAAUCAGAAGGGUCCUGUGAAUGUGCCAGAUCCCACGCCUUCCAGCAAGCUGGGGCCAAGCAACAACAACAGCAUGCCCCCAGGGUUUGUGGAGGGCUCUGAGGACAUCGUUGUGGUUGCACUUUAUGACUACGAGGCCAUUCACCGUGAAGACCUCAGCUUCCAGAAGGGAGACCAGAUGGUGGUCCUGGAGGAGUCUGGGGAGUGGUGGAGGGCACGAUCCUUGGCUACCCGUAAAGAAGGCUACAUCCCAAGCAACUAUGUGGCUCGUGUUAACUCUUUAGAGACGGAGGAGUGGUUCUUCAAGGGUAUCAGCCGGAAGGAUGCAGAGCGCCACCUCCUGGCUCCCGGCAAUGUGCUAGGCUCCUUCAUGAUCAGGGACAGUGAGACCACCAAAGGGAGCUACUCGUUGUCUGUUCGAGACUACGACCCCCAGCACGGGGACACGGUGAAGCAUUAUAAGAUCCGGACACUGGACAGUGGAGGCUUCUACAUCUCUCCGAGGAGCACCUUCAGCAGCCUACAGGAACUUGUGGUCCACUACAAGAAGGGCAAGGAUGGGCUCUGCCAGAAGCUGUCAGUGCCAUGUGUGUCUCCCAAACCCCAGAAGCCAUGGGAGAAAGAUGCCUGGGAGAUUCCUCGAGAAUCCCUCCAGAUGGAGAAGAAACUUGGAGCCGGGCAGUUUGGAGAAGUGUGGAUGGCCACCUACAACAAGCACACCAAAGUGGCAGUGAAGACCAUGAAGCCAGGGAGCAUGUCUGUGGAGGCCUUCCUGGCAGAGGCCAACCUCAUGAAGACGCUGCAGCAUGAUAAGCUGGUGAAGCUGCAUGCUGUGGUCACUCAGGAGCCCAUCUUUAUUGUCACGGAGUUCAUGGCCAAAGGAAGCCUGCUGGAGUUUCUGAAGAGCGCAGAAGGUAGCAAGCAGCCAUUGCCAAAACUCAUUGACUUCUCAGCCCAGAUUUCAGAGGGCAUGGCCUUCAUUGAGCAGAGGAACUACAUCCACCGAGACCUCCGGGCUGCCAACAUCUUGGUCUCUGCAUCACUGGUGUGUAAGAUUGCUGACUUCGGCCUGGCACGGGUCAUCGAAGACAAUGAGUACACAGCUCGGGAAGGAGCCAAGUUCCCCAUCAAGUGGACAGCUCCUGAAGCCAUCAACUUCGGUUCCUUCACCAUCAAGUCAGAUGUCUGGUCCUUCGGUAUCCUACUGAUGGAAAUUGUCACCUACGGCCGGAUCCCUUACCCAGGCAUGUCAAACCCAGAGGUGAUCCGCGCAUUGGAGCAUGGGUACCGGAUGCCUCGACCGGAGCACUGCCCAGAAGAGCUCUAUAGUAUCAUGACCCGAUGCUGGAAGAACCGACCAGAGGAACGGCCCACCUUCGAAUACAUCCAAAGUGUGCUGGAUGACUUCUACACAGCCACUGAGAGCCAGUAUCAGCAGCAGCCUUGAUGGGCAGGACAUGAGCAGAGCCACGCCCCAGGAGUGCCUGUGGCAUGCUUAACCUUCUGGGCUCACUCCCAGACACCAACCCCCACUUUACACACUCCAGCCACAGAUUCUUCAGUUGUCGAGUGGGUGGGGUGGACUUCACAGUCCUUUUUUGACUCUAGUCAUCUGCAAUCUGCCGUUCUCAGGGACCCCAAGUUGGUAUUUCUUAUUUGCCUGAGAUGAUUGAAUUCAAGCUAUAGCUGUGGUUUAAGUGGGAAGCUUAAAAAUAGUAUUUAAAUAAAGAUGUGAAUGUCAAAGGCUUUUCCCAAA